GGUGACCAGGGACUCCAGGCGCGGAUUUCAUAAUCUCCAGCAUGGUGACGCGCUGGGGACCUGCCGCUGCUGUGAAACGGUGCUGUUCCUUUGUAGCAGAGAUAUGAAUUUGAUAUGAUGAGAGUUUCUUAGCUUUUGUUUAAUCACAAGUUGACCAGCUAAAGGAGAUAUGUCCGCUCAAGGAUUGUUAAGCAGUGUUUUCUCGUGCUCGCUAAGCCCCAAAACUAUUUCCAAGCGGAGACUGAGGAAGACCAAGAGCUUGGACCCGGCGUUGAUGAGACAUCAUGGUAGCGCAUCUGAGGAAAUAUCUAAUAAGGGUGACUUCACCUGGAACAGCGUGUCAGGACGUACCAUUGGCCUGAAGCCCGUCCCUCUGCAAAGCUUAUCGGAGUUAGAGAGGGUUCAUCUUCAGCAUGUGGCCUUCAGGAGAUUGUUUCGGGAUCGCUAUCUGGGCUGCCACAUCACCAUUCCUAAAUAUGGCCACAAGCACAAAACAUCCCUUAUGCGGAAGUUGGAUUCCUUAUCAAAAGAAAAAAGUAAAGACAAAGAGACUACACCCCAGGCGUUUGGCAUACCGCUGUCGCAGGUCAUAUCCAAUGACCGCACACAAAGGCAGCGGAACGAUCCUCCGCGGGAGGAGCACAGUGACCCCACUGAAUUGAUGCUAUCCUUCCUCCACCUCAACUCCAGCUUCAAAAGGAGCAACAAGGAGUUCUCCAGCAGCAACUCAUCCCUUAGCUCCACAUCUGAGACCCCAAAUGAAUCACCUCAGCUCAUCACACCAGGCACAGCCCCACGAACACGCAGGAGGGGCGGAGUAUCUGUGGAUUGCAUCACUGAUCUUGAUGAUAACCAGUCUCGGCUUUUGGAGGCCCUUCAGCUCUCUCUGCCAGUAGAGGCAGUUGGAAACAGGAAGAAGCACCAUGACACAAAGCUCAGCCUUAACCCUAUUUACAGGCAGGUGCCCAGGAUUGUGGAUCUCUGCUGCCAGCACCUGGAAAAACACGGCCUGCAGACGGUUGGAAUUUUUCGUGUUGGUAGUUCCAAAAAGAGAGUUCGACAGCUUCGCCUGGAGUUUGACCAGGGAUGGGAGGUACAAUUGGAUGAGGAGCACAGUGUCCAUGAUGUAGCUGCAUUGCUUAAAGAGUUCCUCAGAGACAUGCCUGCCCCACUGCUAACAAGAGAACUCUACAUGGCCUUCAUCAACACAAUGUUGCUGGAUUAUUCAGAUCAAGAGAGCGCCAUCCAGCUCCUGAUAUUUCUGCUUCCUCCCUGUAACAGCGACACGCUUCAACGCCUCCUUUGCUUGUUGUCCACAGUAGCAGCACAUGCGAAAGAUGGCCUGGACACUGACGGACAGGCGAUCACAGGAAACAAGAUGACAUCACUCAAUUUAGCAACCAUCUUUGGACCCAACCUCUUACACAAGCAAAAAAACUCAGACAAAGAGUUUUCAGUCCAGAGUUUUGCCCGUGCAGAGGAGAGCACAGCCAUCAUCAGUGUGCUCCAAAGGAUGAUCAAUACGUAUGAUACACUAUUUAUGGUUCCUGCUGACCUGCAGCAUGAGGUUCUGAUGAGUGUGCAAGAAACUGAUCCUGAUGUUGUGGAUUACUUACUGCGACGGAAGGCCUCUCAGUACUCCGAGCCAGGCCCUAGAGCAGGGGAGUCCUUCUCUCUGACUAAGAGAUGCUUAUCCAAUGACUCCAUCAAAGUCUCUAGUGGAGAGGUGACUCCCUAUGACAACAACUCUCCCGUCCUGUCAGGUGGACUGCUGUGUAAUUUCCCAGCAGACAGCAGUUCUCUCUCAAACAGGGUGCCUAUACGUUCCGGGCAGUACAAUCUCAGCAGCCAUUGUCAAGAUGAAUCUGGCAGAACUUCUCCUACACUUUCUACAGACAAAGAGGCCUCAACUGAUAAUUUCUGGGACACCUGGCAUGAACUGCUCAGUAAGGAGUUUACUGGCCAUCGUAUCACUGGCUCCCUCGGAGACAUGUCGGAAUGUGAGUCGAAUGGCUCUUCAGAAGGGCAAAGCAGUCACCUAGGUAACGACAAGCUGCCCAUCAGUCCGACACAAACCUCAUUGGGCUUGCUGGAAAUCAGGCCACACCUCCCUGUAACUCGGAGCAGCAGUCUUCCUCGUGCCCAGAGAGGACAGAGACAACCUCAAUCAUUACAUCAGGGAUUGAGCAGCCAAUCAGGAGCCCUCAGCUUGGGCAACUUAGCAGAAAGGACAGGACACCCUGCAUGUUCAUUACUUAAGGUCGGAAUGGAUGGUUUGUCUCCCCUUCAGUACUCUGGACAGUUGAGGGAGACCCAUAUAUCUUACUCCACACCCUCCCUCUUCACGGAUCAGCCCAACCCCCAAACCCCACAGCAGGCCCAACAAAACCCUGCCCCCCUGACUGUAGAUAAUGCAAAUGCCUCUGGGCCUGGACAUGAAAAUGUCCCUGGUACACUGAACUGGCAGACAGAGAGGUGGCAUAUAUGGCAUAUACUGUCAAAAGAAAAUGCAGACGCCCUGCCUGAAACCUUAGUUUGAUGCACCCUUUUGACUAGGUUGAACUAUACUAAAGAUAACUUUUUCAGAAAAGGGUGCCAUGCUUCUGUCACGUUUCCAGUCGCUGAAAUGCUACUGCUCGUAUAUGCAGUACUAGUUAAUAUUUAUCGUUGAUAGACUGAUGGAACUUUGAAUCAACCACCAUCUUAGAUGAGUUAUUUUUUUGUAGAGGAGUUCAUUGUAUAGAAAUGAAUUGUGUUGUGUAUGUAAACAUGAUAUAACAUGUAGUUUGUACAUUAUUUUUUGUAGUUUAUUUGAAUGUUUUGUAGUUAUUAUGUAGUUAUUAUUCUUAAUUUGAAGCCAUGAAUGUGCUUUUAAUGCUGAAUAUAAAAAAUAUAGAUGUUUGUGCUGUAAUAUUGCUUCAAAUUUGUAGUACCUUGAUAUGUACUUUAGCUUCAAUAUUUCAGGCUCCAAUUAUAAUCUACUUACUUGUAGAAAUGCUGCAGACGAUGUCCAUAUUACCAUCCAUGCUGUGUAUGAACUGUCCAUUUCAUAUUCAUAUUUGCACCUUUAGGGUGGCCAUUGCGCAAAUGAUUUUAAGUACAUUGAGAUUCACUUAAGAGGAUUUGUUGUUGCCAUUACUUGUAAUUUUAGCCCAUGUUUUAGCUUUAUGUAAUGACCUAUAUUGUAGAUUAGUAUCCAUACUCUUUAAAAAAUGGCCACAGCUUACAAAUUAUAGUAUAUUAUCACGAAUGUAGAAAAUGAACGUAAAAGUAAGAAUGGUGCGUAUUGGACUCCUAUAGGAAGCCAUAUUUUCUAGUGCCAGGUAACAAUCUAACUUGUCAUUAAGGAACUAUCAUAAAGGUAAAAUCAAAGAGUGAAUUCAUUUUUAGUUUGUCUGAACUGUAGUUCAGAUGACAAUGAAUGCAUUACCUGAACUCUCCACAAGAGGGAAUCAUAAGACCAGGAAUUGGUUUUCUGUUUCAUUGUCUUCUCAAACCAGUAAUCCUUGUGUAUUGUGGGUAUACAGUGGGUUUUUAACAACUAUUGAACAGCUAUUAGUUCAGUUUAAUUCCUAUUAGACACCUUUUCCCACCAUGAUGGUGGUGGUGAUAACUAAUGUGUUAUGGACGAUGGCUAUAAAUUACACUUUGUUUUUAGGAUCUAAUUUUACACUAUUAUCUUGUAUUGCUACCAUUGAAGAGUACAUUUUAUUUCACCAACAGUCAUCUUGUUUUCUGUGGAUGAAAAUAAGACAUCUGAGCUUAGACAGUAACAUUUACCACUAAAAAACUUUCAGAGUACUAGAAUUGCGAGAAGUAUCCACAAUAAGUAUGCAAUUAUGCAAGAAAUGGCUACCAUUGACGUCUGGUACAGAUUAUGGAUCUGGGAAUGCAUAUUUGAAGAUACAAAAGGAUGUUUAGUUGCCUUAAUGUGAGGAAAUGACUGAGAUGUGUAAUUUCUUAGAUUGCGCUAUAAAUUUGUUUUUGACAGUAACUAAUCACGUUAUGGUUUGACAAUAAACGUCCUCGCCCUGA